UCAUUUUGCGACAGCUCACGUCAUGUUUUCAGAUAUGUAAACAUACAAAUAAUGGAAAUUGUUUCCUCGUAAAGGUUUGGGUAUUUCCAUCUGCGGCCUAGCAAAUUCGAUAUUUGAUCAAAAUCUCAAUAGUCUGCUAACAUGGCGGCUCAGGAAAAGCUUAUGAAAUCUUUGGAAUCGUUGAAGAAAAUACAAAUUUCAAAUGGCAACUCGGAAAAUAAUAAAAAGGAAAAGAUCCACCAUUGCCAUGUUAUAACAGAAUGCAUUAGCAGCCAUGCAAUAACAACAGUCCCAACCGUUUUUCCCACAUUAUUGAAUUAUACAAUGGAAAGUCUCUUUCAACUUUGUGAUGAUGCAGAUUCUGAUAUUAGAAUGGUUGCGGAGGAAUCCUUGAAUAAAAUGAUAAGGGCGUUGAAUGACGAAAAUAUCACGAAGGUUCUCAUAGAAUUGCAUAAGGAAAUCAAAAGAAAUAAUUCUGCCAGAACUUUGAGGGCAGCUCUCAGCAGGUUUUCGAAACUAGCUCAUAGUAUAAGGCCCCAUAAAGGCAAACCUUAUAUACUUCAUUUGUUCCCUAGCUUAAUCAGAAUUAUUGAAAGGCCAGAGGAAUCAAUACAUGAAACAUUAGCAAGUAGUCUACCAAAAAUCAUUGAAGUAUUAGGACCUUUCGCAACCGAUAAUGAUAUCAAGAACCUUCUUAAAUCUUUUAUGGCUAACAUUUCAAAUCCCUCAGCUGUUAUCAAAAGAACUGCUGCUCAAUCCAUUCAAAGUAUUUGCUUAAAUUGUCCAAAACCUUAUUUGUCAAUAGUGUAUUGUAUACAUAUUGUACUAGGUUUUGUUUUUCCACUAAAUGAAAACUGUGAUACCCACUUAAUUUUUGGUGUUAUGGGGGUUCUUAAAACACUUCUACCUCAGUGGAAAAAAUAUUUGAAGGAGUCCAACCAGAUAAGAGACAGAGAAAGGCGGGGAACAGAAUGGGCAGAGCUGAAAACAGAAAAGCUUCUACAGAUUUACGAGUUGUGCCUUCAUUACAUAAAUAGCAAAGAUCAUAACCUAGUGAUUUCUUCAUUAGAAACUUUGAAUGUUUUGUUGCAAAAUUCAACAAAAGAGCUUAAAGAAGCUUUAUUGAAUCCAGUUGGUCUGUCUAAAUGUACUACUUAUCAGUUUUCAGCACAUAAACGUAAAUCUUUGAGCCAACUUAGUAUAUCUUCUGAAUCUACAAUGGUGUCAGAAUCAGAUCUGACAGAUUCCUUAAGGCCAGAUAUAAACAAAUGGAUAGAUCACUCAAAACUUACAUUAUCUUCCCUUAACCUCAUAGGAAAGCCAAAGGAAUCUCUUGAAAAAUCCCAGUCACUUGAAAGUGGCAGCAGUACAAUAUCGAGAUCUCUUUCACAAAUCGAUCUUGAAUCUGUUUUAGAAUUCGAUGCAAUUAAGACCUGCACAAGCAACAGUAGUACAGACCUUUUGGAAAGAACUCCAAAUUCCACAGAAAAUUGCUCUUCAAAUGAAGACAUUACCGAUGCAAACAUAAAGGAAAUCAAAAUUGGGCAAUUUGAAGACCCAGAUGUGCCCUUGAAAUAUUGCGGUAGGCUACUUGUCAAAUCAUUCUUGCUAAAGGGUGUACCAAAUAAUCUUAUAAAUGAUAAAUUAUGUAGAGUUUCUGUGAAAUCUUCGGCUCUUACAUGUCUGUCUUCCAUUGGGAAAAUAUAUCCUCAAAUUCUUCUUGAAUAUUUGGAUAAAACGGUGGAUAAACCUCAGAAAGAUAUCGAUCAAGCGAUAUCUGAUAUUUUAUUGUAUUGUGAUCACCAUGAUCCCCAGUUGAGAGGUCAUACAAGGAUAUUAUUAGCUAAUUUUUUGGUGUCUGUUAUUAUUAAAAGUAGAGGGCACUAUGACGACUGGUUGCGGGAGCAUUCAAAGGAUGAAGAGAAUAGUGAUUUGAAUUUCGAUGCUUUGGUCACCUCAUUUAAAAAAGGACUGAAUGACGAAUCCUCAAUAUGUAUACGACAUACACUUCAAAGUCUUGAACUAUGUUUGCAUCAUGUCUUAGAAAGCCAAAGUUGCAAACAAGUAAUUCCCAUUUUGACGAAGUUGUCUGAUCUGUUCAAUAAUCCAUACUGGCUGGUAAAAGUGAAUUUAUGUGAUUUGAUGUGCCAUCUUCCAUUUAUAAAUAUACAUUAUGUAACUGGUGAUAAUAAAUUCCAAAACAAGAUGCUCUUGGGUUUGCAAGAGUUAUUGAAGGACUCGGAUGUUCGAGUGAGAAAUGCUGCAUCUAACACAAUUGCAAGAUUGAUCCCACAAUUGUACUUUGAAAUUCCCCACGAAAAUACAGUAACUUUGAAGGCUAUAUCGUAUAGGAAAGAAUUUUUAUCUAACCUUUAUAACAAAUCCUGGUUAUGUCCCUUCAAUUAUAAACAUUUCGUGGAAAAUAUGCCGUUUCCAUUCAACAAAAUUGAUGAGGCGCCUUCAGAGGAUAUCGAAUGGUCAUUGUCGAAGGUUCUACAUGGAAUAAAAGAAAUGUCAUUAUUUCCUAAUAAUGAAUACAUGAUUAUGGGUUCCAUUCAAGCACUGGCUACCUUGUCACAAGUAUUCCCAUGUACCAUUUACAGAAAGUCUUGGAAUUGUCAUUUUCCUAAAAAUACAAGACAAAAUGAUCAAACCAAUGAUCUGCUGGAAUUAUGUAUCGACUUGAUGACCGAUUCUACAUUGGUGUACGACAUUGGUUUUCAUAGGAACUUAUUGAUGCUCUGUUCCAAUAUUUAUGCAGGUUUCUCGAUAUGUGUUCUGAAACCUUUGCCUGAACAAGAUCCAACCAAAAAAUGGUCCAUGUUCGAAUCAUCUAUCCUUUCGAAUAUUUCAGAUGUCUUCCUUAAACAUAUUAUCAAGAUAUUGUGCAUUUAUCAGCACAUUGUGGAUGAUAUCCAUCUGCCUUCUCAACAGAAAUCGGCUAUUUUGAGUUUACCAACAGCUAGCCCAAUGAAAAGGAGAAAAAGUGAUUUAGAGAAAAAAAUUAUAUCGACGAAAACGCCAGAAGAAAAACCAGAAAAAAAAGAAAAGGAAAAGAAUUUGGCCGGAAAUUUUUCAUACUCAAAUCAUUAUAUGAAGAUAUACGACUCAUUGAAGACUGCUUAUGGUAAUUAUAAGACUUCCUUGGAACCUUCUGCCUCAGAAAAGAUCCUCAACAUGUUGAAAGAAACGUUGAGGAGUCUUUCGAUACUCAUGGAAAUAGGUGGUCUGUCCGAAUUUGGAUCGAUCGCCGAAGAAAUUUUGAGCUAUUUGAAUUCCAUAUUCAGAAUAGAGCCUUCAGGAAGUGUUGAAUGUGUUCAACAGUUGUUGAAGUCUAUAUGUGAAACUAAUCUAUUAGCUAAUGGAAUUCAUGUGGUCCAAGAUGAAAACGAAAUUGAAAAGACUGAAAUCGAUGCUUCUGGAUUUUACUUUCAUAUGUUCCUGAAGCCUUACAAUGAAGUCUCCUUAUCUAUAAACGCUUUGAAGGAUAUAAAUAAGAAGGAAGGAGAUGGGGACAGUUCCAUGAUGGGUUACCUACACAGAAAUGCUAAAAGAAAAGCUAAUAUAUCUACAAACCUCGACAAAGUCCUUGCAAAUUAUAUUAGAAUUUUCGAACCCAUGGUGAUCAGAUCUUUAGAACAAUAUACCAUUACCAGCGAUGUUAAACUUCAAGGAAAAGUGUUACAACUUCUGAGUCAACUCGUCCAAUUCAAAAUAAAUUACUGUUUGUUGGAUGCAGAUCAAAUCUUCAUCAAUUUCGUUAUAAAUCAAUUCGUACACAUCGAGGAAGGUCAAAUCUUGCAUUCUGAAGAACUUGUCCCGAAAAUCUUUCAAUUCCUGGUACAACUCUCCUACAGCAAGCAACAUUCUAAAAGUAUUAUAGGAAUACCCAAAAUCAUCCAGUUGUGCGAUGGACUGACCGCGAGUGGUCAGUGUCCCUUGACUCACUGCAUACCUGCGCUUAUACCAAUUGUCAAAGAUAUAUUUCUCACCAGGAACGUUUUGAACACUCCUGAUUUGAAAGAAUUGGAAACUACUAGAGAAGUUGUUCUUUGUAUGCUUCUCAAACUCAUCGAAUAUCACGAAAUCGUCGAAUUGAUUGUGUUGAUAUUGGAUGACAGCAAAUAUUGCAGCGAUACUGAUAAGUGGUUAAGAUGGUCUCAAAGUGUGUUCAACUCAUUUCUUGCAGUUCUAAGCGGAAAUAAAUAUAGGUUGGAUUCCAUGGAAUCAUUUGAUUCCUUGAGAAAGCUUAUUUUCGCUCUGAAUCCAAAUGUUUUUCGUCCAAUUGAUGAUAUCUUAUUAUUGCUGUUUCAAGAACCACCAUCUUUAGAUCAAGAUAUAACAUAUUUCACAUGGUGGAUGGGAAGAAUACUCACAGUUUUAAUUAUUUUAUCACCGGUGAAAGAGGAUAUUAUCCUUGCGAAGAUAUCCGCACUCAAGAAUAAUUUCAUACCAAGCAGUGUUUUUGAGAAUAUCGUCGUCACUCCUGAUCCCUUGAAUGUGACAAACAGUGCAGAUUUCUUUCAGUACCUCGCUCCCGAAAAAAUACUCAUUUUAUUUAUUUUUCGAACUCUGUCUUUAGCUACUAAAAAAUGCACGUUAUUGGUGGAAGAAGAUGAGGAUGUGUUUUUCGUUAAGGAGCUUUCAAUUUUUAUGAUGUUUUGUCUCCAUAAUUUCCAGUCAGGUUUCUUAUGUAAAACUGCGAAUGUUGCUAUUUCUCUGAUAGAGAAGAGCAAAUAUGCGGAAGAAUGCGAUGCUAUCAAUAUUCAACCCAUAAAUGAGUAUUUUCAAAGCCUCACUUUCUUUUACCCAACUUUAACGUUUCACUGGUGUUAUUUCCUAACCCUCUUGGGAUAUGAAGAUCUCACUUUUUGGUCCAGUAAUUUGCAACUUCCACUAGAAGACGGUGAAAAAACGAUGACUUUCUUGAGUUCAAUCAAUACAGACGUGGUUAAAGUUGGUGGAAGUAUAGUAUUUUGUGAUUAUCUGUGCGAAAACUCUUCCAAAAGAAUUGAUAUUGUAAAUUGGGUACUCAAAAAUAAUUUGGAGCUUCUUAUAAACCUAGAUCAAGAGGCUCCGAUAAAUGAAUUUUUUUCAUUCAUUCAUAGGGAUUCAAAACUGAGCGGUAUGCUCUUGAAAUAUAUUGGCCAGCAACUCAACAUCCUAGAUUCGAACUUGAUCUUCAAUUUGAAGGUCCUAAAAGCCAUUGAAAAUACUCAUCCUAAUCUUACUGGCCAAAUGAUAAAAUUGUUAAUGAAUAAAUUCAUAUACAUAAGUGAUUCUGCUGUGAUAAAAGAGGUGUCAAAACUUGCUACGAGAAAAGUAGAGUUGCUGUUGACGAUGUCUGCAGAUAGCAUCCAUAGACAGUUGAAACGAGAAGAUCUUCUAGAAAUAACACAUAAUCUCAACAAAAAAAACUUCUGUACCAAAUUUGAAUCAUUGCUUGGUCUUCUUGGAAAGCUGGGAAUUAAAUUUUAUGAUUUCAAACAGCCAUUUAUUGCACAGAGAAGAAUUAUAGAUCCUGAGAUAAUAAAGGACCUAAACAUCGAUAAAGAAUGGUACCUUAGUCAGUUAAAACACAAAUUAAGUAAUGUUAAAAUGGGCAAAGAAGUUGCCAGAAUGUUGAGUAUGUUGACUUAUUCCGAACAGUUGGAACUGAUUGGAAGCGAAUACUUUGAUGGACAAAUCUUAAAAUACUGCAUAGAUUGUGGGGUGGAGCACCAUCAAAAUCACCAAGUGGAAGAAAUUCCUGAUAUACUGAAGGCUUCAAUACAACACAUGUGUAAAGAAGUGAAUAGAAUAGUUGAAGAUUUCUGGAAACAAAAUCAGUCUGGAAAUUUUUCUUCAUUCUCUGGGAAAGAUUUGUUCAGGAAAUCAGAACAUAACUUAAACUCUGAAUGUUUGAGUGUUGCAGAAUUGUCGAAAAUCCUCAGUUAUUUAAUUCCUAGUGUUGUUUCCUACCUCAAAGCAGUACCAAAAAUUCCCUUGUUAGAAGUAGAUGACGUUAAUUCCUCAAAUAUUAUCAAAUUAAAUAUUAUAUCAUUCAGGUUGAUAAAUUAUAUUAUUGAUACUAAAAGACCGUUUGAUGUGAUGUUAACGAGUGUCAGUUUAGAUUGUUUGAAUUCAAUAUUGAAACAGGAUAAAUGUUUCACAUAUUUAAAUUCAAAAGAUCGUUUUACGUGGUCUUGCUCGUUGAUUUCUGAUGUAUAUAAAAUUAAACUUUUUUUAACAGAGGACGAAGAUCAUUGUUUUGAGUCAACAUGUGGCGUAAUCCCCGAAAAUAUAAUUAAUAAAUUCGAAAAUUCCGAAAUUGCCGAGUCUUGUUCACAUCUCUAUUCCUUAAUAAAUUGGAUUUUCUUGACGAGAAAACAAGAAUCUAAUAUUCCUGAUUUUUUUAUAUCUAAUUUAAAUAGUAUUAUCAAUUCUCUGGGUAGAUUAUCCUUAUUUAAUUCCUGUAUGUUGAUACCCUCUAAAGCAUGGGACAGGGGACUAGAUGCAAGUUCAUUUUCCUUCCAAAAUCCUGUUAUUUCCCUACCAGUCGAAUUACUGCAAGACCGGGAAAUUUUAGAAGAUUAUCUGUUUAGAAUAACACUUCUUGGGUGGAAUUCAAGGCAGCAGUUUGAAGAGACUUGGAUGUGCUUACUGAGUGUCUUGUGCAAUUCCCCAUCUGAUGACAACAGUGCUGAAGAAUCUAACGAAAUAUAUACAACCAUUUCUUUAGCACUCAAAGGAAUCACUUCAAUGCUUUUCCAAACAAUGUAUUACCCUGUUCCAGGAAAAAAGAACCAUUCGGUGUUGUUGAGUGUUUCCAGGGAUGAACCUAUAUUAGGGGAUAAAAUGAGCAUGAAGAAAUUGAAGGAUAUCCAAACCUGCAUAAGGAAUAAGUACAAUGGAUCCCCUUAUUUUUCGGGAAAAAAUGUCAAAAUGAAUAUUCCAUUUGAUGAAUCCAACAUGCAAAAUUUCUUUCCAUCUGGUCAGAUGUCCAUCAAAUAUUUCCUCAUAGCUCUAGGUAUUUUAGAAAACAUUGACGAUAAGUGUUUGGCGUAUCAAGUUUUAAAAAGAAGAGACAAAGUAUUGGAAUGUAGUGGACUGGACAUAACUUCGUGUUUACAUUUCCUACAGGAUUUUUUCACACAACUUCUGCAGUAUCAGAAUAUCAAUUCUUUGGUUCUACUCCACGAGUCUGUAAUAUCUAUUUUAGUGCUCUCUGAUCUCUUCACCGAUAAAUCUCAGUUCAGUUGGAUGAUGGAUUUAUUCAUGGACUUGCUGAAGCUGCAUGCUGUUGAGGAUGAACUGUUGCAUCUGUAUCUGAUCGUUGGUGUUUGUAAAGCUGCUGCAAUUUUGAAUCCGGAGUUGGAAGUGUAUGAAACAGUAAAAAAAUAUUUGUCUACAUUUUUGAAAAGUUCAUAUAUUCCAUCGAGGCUAGCUUGUCUACAUGGGUUGUUAUUUAUUUUGGAAGGAUGUAAGCUGAACAACAUUUCAAUAGGAGGAAUUUCUGAGGAAUUGCAGUUGAUACUUCCAUGUGCCGUAGAGUAUCUACAGAAUAAUCUUAUUAUUUCUAACAACAGUAUACCUCAAUCUCAAGAACAUACAUUAGCCAUGUGGUCUGUGGCUUUUUAUAUUAUAGAAAAUAUAGAUGAAACGCAUUUAGGUCCUGGUUUUGUUGAAGAUGCUGUUUCUCAUGCUAUAUCUGUUGUAUCAAAAUCCACAACAGGCAUUGUGGAAUACAAAUUCGUAAUGCAGAAAUUGCAGAGGUUGAUCGCACAAAGAAGAAAUAUUUUGGAGAAUUUCGGUAAGAAAAUUGUGAAAGUGGCAUUUGAUGGGCUGAAGAGUUCAAAUUCAUUCAUCGCAGUUACAUCGAUCCAGUUACUUUUCACUUAUAUGUACAUAGAAUACGCUGAGCAUGUUGAAUCUAGCAACGAACAAAGUAGUCCAGAAAUUUUAGUACAAACAGUGGAGAAAUUCUCUGCGCUAUUUGAGUAUAUAAAAAGAGGAUAUAUUUUUGAAGCGGAAAUAGUAUGUUCUUUAUUACCUCAAGUACUGGACGAUUUCUUCACGCCAGCGGAUAUUUUGACUAAAGUAAUAGGGGAGUUUUUAUCAGCACAGCAACCACACCAGAAGUUUUUGAGUAAAGUUGUGUUUCAUCUUUUUCAAAGUGCAAUUCGUCAGAAUCAAUUAACACUCCUUCAAGACUGGAUUGUGUUCAGUCUGCCCAAUUUCACACAAAAUUUCUCCUAUCCCAUGGCAACCUGGUGUUUGACCUGUUUUUUCAUCAGUGCUAGCCGAAACCAGUGGUUAACAGCUUUAUUUCCCUACAUCCAGACCAGAAUACAGAGAUACGAGUAUGAAGACCGGGAAAUAUUGUGUGUGGCUGGUUCGGAUUUUUACAAAAAUCUAUCGACUGAAAAGCAAAAAGACACUUUCAAAGCUAACUUCAAAAUGGUUAAGAAUUUACCUGAUAUGCCGUUCAGUGAUUUGUUAUCUUCUCUGUGAAUUUUAAUAAUUGAAAUGUUGGAGAUUUUUAUGCAAUGUUGAUUUAAACUUGAAUAUUAUGAAGUUUGGGAAC